AGAAGUCUAAAGUGAUUUAUCCACACCUCCCACGGCACACAGCGCCAGCACUCGGCGAGCGAGAGAGUGGUUACCUGGAUACGGCCAACUUAUUCCCGCCCGUUAAUGGACACGGGCUCAGUCGAGCGGGCGCAGCAGCUGGCGAAAGCACCGCGCGUGUUUGUGUGUCUAUUAACACAUGUAUUAAUUAAUUACUCACGCCGCGAGCUCCAAGGCGCUCCGCACGGCGACUCCCUCUUUAUUUCCUGCCUCCUCCCCCCUCCUUGACAGCUAUUCCGCCGGUCCUUAGCUCCCUCAGACCCUCCUUUCUGGAUACAAGCCGGGCAGCUUUUCCCGAAGUCCAACAACUUCCGACAAGAUCCCACAGGGCGGACAGAACAGGAGCCACCGAGAUGGGCCGCUACUGAGAGAGGCUACUCCUGCGCCGCGGUUCGAUGGAGAGCUUACCUGGACCACCACAGGCCACCUGGAUGGCCCCGUCCCUGUCGGAGGCCCGGGCCAGCGUCCCGCCCUCCCUCUUGCCCCCACCCACGGGCGACGCCCUCCUCUCCGGCCUGGCCCUGGGCGAGCUCUUCCAGAACGGGAGCCUCCCCAACAGCACAGGGGAGGGGGAGGGGGAGGGGGCGGGGCCGGGCGUGGCCGGGGUGCUGAUCCCCCUCAUCUACUUCACGGUGUGCAUCAUCGGGCUGGGGGGCAACACGCUGGUCAUCCACAUCGUCCUGCGCUACUCCAAGACCGAGUCGGUGACCAACAUCUACAUCCUGAACCUGGCCAUCGCCGACGAGCUCUUCAUGCUGGGGCUGCCCUUCCUGGCCGUGCAGAACGCCCUCUCCUUCUGGCCCUUCGGCUCCUUCAUGUGCCGGCUGGUGAUGACCGUGGACGGCAUCAACCAGUUCACCAGCAUCUUCUGCCUGACGGUGAUGAGCAUCGACCGCUACCUGGCCGUGGUGCACCCCAUCCGCUCCUGCAGGUGGCGGAAGCCCCAGGUGGCCAAGGCCGUCAACGGGACCGUGUGGGCCGUCUCCUUCGUCGUGGUCCUGCCCGUCGUGAUCUUCGCCGACGUGCCCCGGGGCGGCGGCAUCUGCAACAUCGACUGGCCCCAGCCGGCGGAGGUGUGGAGGGCCGCCUUCAUCAUCUACACCUCCACCCUGGGCUUCUUCGGGCCCCUGCUGGUCAUCUGCCUGUGCUACCUGCUGAUCGUGGUGAAGGUGCGCAGCUCGGGCAAGAAGGUGCGGGCCACCUCCACCAAGCGCAAGAAGUCCGAGCGCAAGGUGACCCGCAUGGUGGUCAUCGUGGUGGCCGUCUUCGUCUUCUGCUGGCUGCCCUUCUACGCCCUGAACAUCAUCAACCUGGUGGUGGCCUUGCCCGAGGAGCCCAAGGGCGUCUACUUCUUCGUGGUGGUCCUCUCCUACGCCAACAGCUGCGCCAACCCCAUCGUCUACGGCUUCCUGUCGGACAACUUCAAGAGGGGCUUCCGCAAGACCCUGUGCCGCUCCUCCCGGAAAGUCGAGAGCCAGGAGCAGCUGGCGGCCCACCGGCUGCAGCCGGGGCAGCUGGGGCAGCCGGGGCAGCUGGGGCAGCAACAGCAGCCGCCGCCACCGCGGCGGCAGGGGCAGCAAGAGGAGGAGGAAGAGGAGAGGAGGAGGAGGAGGAGGCAGCGGGCGCUGGAGCCCAGGGACGUCUUGAGGAGGAGGAGGGGGAGGGGGACCGAGGAGGAGGAGGAGGACGAUGACGACGACGACGAGGCGGAGGAGGAGGAGGAGGACGGGGAGGCCACCGAGAUGACCGAGAUCUGCCACAUUGCUCAGAAUGGCAACGGGCAGCCCGAGGCGGCCCGGGCCCUCUUCCUGCCCAAAGGGCAGAGGUCGGGGACGUCCACCGUCUCCCCAACCUCCCGGAACCCCAGGAAAGCCGCCGAGCCCAACGGGAAGACGCCGGACUCGGGCACGGCGCCGGCCCCGGCCCCCUGCCUGCUCAACGGCGCCACCAACGGCAGCAUGAAGCCCUUACCCGAGGAGCCUGGGGAGAAGAACACCUUGCUGGAGAUCAGCUACCUGUGACCCUUAGGCAGCCGUGACAGAGACCUGGGGCCAGGAUUCCCGCCGCGGUACAGCCUGCAGCGAGCAGAGGUUGGAUCCCCACCCCGAUCCGACCUCUUUUCCAACUAAAUCCUCCAUGAAGUACCCCGCGGGAUUCCUGCGUCAGCCUCCGCGGCACCAGGACACUGCCCGACGCAGCCCAGCGGCGGUCAGCUGGUGUCUAAAAUCCACCUGUGCUUUCUCGUAGACCCCGAACGAAGUUUUCUCCAACCGUUACUACUGCAAGUGCCACCUCCAUUUUGACAUCCGCACAGCGUAGGCCACGUCUAAAAGACGCGGUCGAGGGAGGGAGGAGCUGCGGCCCGUGGUCCCGCGGUAUGCGCGUUCAUCGACGAUGCAACGAGGGGAGCACCGAAGCAGGAAUCCUCCGGGGGGAAAAGGAUUACACCAGUGCAGACGGAAAACCCAGAGGAGGGCACGACUCCGCGGCGAGGUUUUGAAAAUGGCAGAAGCUUGCGGGGCUCAGGUCCUGCCAAUAAUAGGGCACACGAGGAAAGAGUUGGAAAGAGCCUGCGAAGGGGACUGGGUUAUUACAGAGCUGCCUCCUCAAUACAGGUCCGCUCGCCUCCGGUUCAUUACUUCAUUGAAUCAGUUACUCACCUAACGAACCGGCUGAACCAAUUACUGCCUGAAGAGAAAACCAGCUGCGUGGGGCUGCAUGCUGGGAAGCCGGCCAGUGCUGCAGCCUCACGGCUCUGGUUUCCUGGGUUCGACUACAGUCAGGGGCGCCUCUUCCGUGCAGGAGUUUCCCCUGCAUUUCUCUGGGGUCCCUCCUCCUGCCCGGGUGUCCCCCAGCUCCUCCAGAUGGGCUGCCCAAGCUGAUUGAGGUCUCCAAGUGCCCGUGAGAGAAGGGGAUCCCAUCCGAGGGAUUUCAGACAGAAGCUUGUUUUCUGCGGAAAAUGUGCUCCACCACGAGUAAAAUGAACUUCGGAACUGUAAAAUAUUCUGUUCCCACGCACAGCAACACCUGAGCCAAUGUAGUCGUCCAGUCAUCCAGGCAGGUGGAGGGACUGGUGCUGCGGGUUUUCCAACCUCCUGGAACUGAGCUGUGCAAGCCCCUGCUCCACAACAGUCAGCGUCCUCUUCGACCGAUUCCACGGAGAAUAUCCCCAUUGAAACAACUCGCCGUGCUCAAUGAGCGCAGGCGGACAGCGCGACACAUACCCACGAUCCCAAGCUUGACUCUUCCCCCCCAA